UUGGCGACCGGUUGGUGCUUCAGUCGUCAGUACGUGUGACAAAUGGCAAUUUUCCGUUCGUGUGGAGAAUUUUCACAUCACACUCUUUUAUUCACGAAGAUCUCGGCCUGGUUCUGUCCCUUUUGUUGGUUAGCUGACUGGCUGGCCCCGACCAACUACCGACCGACCGACGCGAGGAGACUAUGCGUUAUUUUUAUUUCUCCUCAAAUCCAAUCUGUCGUCGUCAGCUCAGUCUUCGGAUGCUGAUGGAUUGGCGACUGCGGAGAAAAAUCACUUCGAUCAAAUCCAAAUCCAUCGUCGGCAGUAGUGACAGGACAGUGGCUGUGAGCAAGUGAGAGGGGUUAGGCUGCAAUCUCCGAACGAUCACCGCCUAAUGAUGAUGGGUGUGUAACAAGUGGUUUGACCGAUUUUAUUGCUUUUCUUCGUGCUCCUUUUGGACCGUGCUGUGCUAUUCCCCAGAAGAACUCCGAAGAAGAAGAAGAAACGGAAUGCAUGACGAAUGUGUAUCGACUGCAGUGAGAUUCGACAUAUUCAUGUGAAAGGAAUGGUGAAGGAAGAGUAACGCGAAAUCGCAGUGUGAAAGUGGGUGGAAGCAGACUGGCACAGGACAUACUUAUGCCUCUGAGAGUGUGUUUUCUCGACCGCAGUAGUCUAGAUCAAGGACUAAGGAUCAUGAUCGGCGCAAAAUAAUCAAACCGUGAUUGUGUUUCUUAUUUUUUUCGUUCGUCUGGCUUCUCACGCACUCCGAUCGACGUGUCUAUUUCAGCAGUCUGACCUGAAAGCGAUCACAGUAAUUCAAGCAGCAUGGACACGCAAUCACACGGCGGUGGAACGGUGAACGGAGGUGGCGGCAGCAGUCCUCAGCAGUUUUGCCUUCGAUGGCAUAAUCAUCAGGCGAGUCUGCUGAGUUCCCUUCCGCUGCUUCUGGAUCAGUCCCACUUGACUGAUGUGACCCUGAUAGCGGAAGGACGCAACAUCAAAGCGCACCGAGUGGUACUCAGCGCCUGCAGCACAUUCUUUUCGGAGCUAUUCCGAACACUGGAUGGGCCACUGUAUCCGGUGGUUGUCCUACCAGGCGCUUCCUUCCACGCGGUUGUGGCACUGCUCACCUUCAUGUACUCCGGAGAGGUCAACGUAUAUGAGGAACAAAUCUCUACCCUGCUCUCGCUGGCCGAGACACUGGGUAUCAAAGGAUUGGCGGACUUCAGUGGAAAUUCGCAAAAAUCCAGCACCCCAACGACUGAGGCUUCUUCGCGGGAGUCAGAAAUUCCAUCGCCCUACCAGGGCAUCAAAAUGGAAUCCCCAGGUGAUUCCUACUUUCCACGACCCUUCAAUUUCCAUUCGCCACUUUUCCCGCAAGCACUCAACUUGGCGACACACAACAACGCCAACAACAGCAGCAACAAUAAUGGAAAUAAUACCAACAGCAACAACGGCUCGAGUAAAUCGACGGACCCAUUUUCACGAUUUCUUCCGCAGAAGUGUGAUAUGAUGCCAAACGAAGCGCUAUGGAAGAUGAAUGAGGAAGGUGAAACUAUAAAUAGAGACAACAAAAGUGGCAGCAAUAAUGGUCCCAGCAAAGCCAACAGCAACUGCUUAGAAGAUCGACAAUCUGUCGAUGCUAAUAAUAAGAACAACAGUACCACCAGUCACGGCACCGGCCUUAACCAGGGCCAGGGAGAGAGGCCGAGUGCGACAAAAAACGAUUCGGAAUCGACUGCCACUGGUGGAGAUCCUAAAUUUAAUCUCGAUGUUGCUCAGCUUCACCAAGCGCAACACGAUUCCACACCAUCGACACCUUCCAGCAAUCCGGACGAACAGCGGUCCCUGAACACUUGUUCUGUCAAGAAAUCCACCAGCCAAGACAGCAAGCGAAAGAAAAUCGACAAAAUCGCAGAGAAUCUUCGAACACAAACUUCAGCUACGGCUGCCGCUGCCGCAGCCGCUGCCGCCGCGGCAGCAUCCUUCAACAAGCAUUUGCUGCAAUCCCUGAAAUUCCCACCGAGCUCGCAGUCACUUUCGCAGCUACAUUUUUUCAGCAAACCCCCAACCGUUACACCGGUGAGCAAUCAGCAACAGUCCUUUCUGGCGCACCAUUUUCUCACAAACGAAUCCGCUUCGAAAACGCCGGAAAAUCUGAUUCUACCUGAUCCGGCCCACCCGUGCUCUGGGGGUGGGGCAGGGGCCCUUUUAAACCACGGUGGCGGAAGUGGCACGAUGUCACCCAUUUCUUCUUCAGUGUGCUCCGGUACAACUGCAACCACGAUAACACCUUCCAUGGCGAUGGACAUUGUGGGAGCUUCGUCCCUGAGCGCUGCCAACAGUAUGCUGAAAGCGGCCGCCGCCGCUGGACAUCACUUGGGUGGAUCACCCAGUGGAACGCCGACGCAGAAACCGCCCACCAAACUGUACGCCACGUGUUUCAUCUGCAACAAGCAGCUCAGCAAUCAGUACAAUUUGCGGGUGCACCUGGAGACGCAUCAGAACGUCAGGUACGCAUGCACAGUCUGUUCGCACGUCUCCCGCAGUAAGGAUGCCUUGAGGAAACACGUGUCAUAUCGUCACCCGGGAACGCCAAGCCCAUGCGAUCCAGAUACAAAACGAAAGCGUUCUAAGGCUAAUCUCGGACAAAUGAUCAAACAGGAAAUGCUCAACGACCAGAGCCCCAUGAGUCACAUGAUCAAGCAGGAGUUCCUGUCCGAUCAAUCUAAUCAAUUACAGCUCCAACAACAGCAGCAACAACACCACACCAGCCAACUUUUGGCAAAUCUGACUUCCCAGGGUAACUCAAUAGUUUCGAUUCCGACCUUCCUGCAGCAGGCCGCCUCCAUGCAAUCCGCAUUCUCCCCCAAAUCUCUGCUAUUCAAUUCGUCUUCGAUUCCUACAUCGCUGGCAUCUUCCUUGGCCACACCACCAUUGCCCGAUGUGCUUAAUCAGCCCAAAGACCUUAGCCAUCCGACUCCUUUGCCGGAAAGUGCUAACGGCUCACCGUCACCGACCAUCCCGGAAUGUGCAGCCAAAGCAAAUAUCGGAUCGCCCGAAAACAUGGACGAAGGUCAAACAUCGAUUACCGAAGAACCCACAGCUCCAAUUGCUGGAACUGCGCCAUAAAUGGCCUCCUAGUCAAUGUUCUUCUAUCGAGGUGUUUUGAAAAAGUAUAACAGAGGUCUGAAGGCCCAGAACGUUGAUGAACGCAUGUAUGAAAAUGUUGCCAGUUCUUCUGAAUUAUUAUGUUCAACAUAUGAAAACAUCUCACUUCUCAAUAGAUUUUCAAAAGGCAGAGGUUUUCAAACGUUUUUUGAUUGUAUCUACAUUCACCAUGAACAUAAAUAGACAGACUUGUGGAAUUAGGUAGAACUGAAAACAUGAAACUGGCAACAUUUAUGUAUGCAUGUGAUAUUUGGAAUGGUAUCUGGUAACGCUAUUGCAAAAAGAUUGAAACGCAAUAUAGGAUAAAGAAUCGGUUUUAUGCAUAGAUUUGCCAAGAACCGACAAAAUGCAGAACCACAUUUAUAAAAGACAUUAAAUAAAUUUAAGUAGGUAAGUUAUUUACACACAAAAAAGAACAAAUAGCCAAAUCCCCUAUGGAAAUCCUUUUGUUUUCUAUUUUCUAUUUUUUGAUUUUGUAUCUACUUCCCUAGCUGUGAUAGUCGAUCGAAAAGUAUUGACUUUUCCGAACAACAACUUCAAAGCAGUUACUACCAAUUUUAACUUUCUUUUAAUCCGAGUCAUUUGCAUAACAAUUAUAACAAAAUUUUGCUCAAUCAAAUAGACAAAAAUCACCCAACUAUCUUUUUCCUCAGCCCCCUUUGUAUUAUAAUUUAGUUUAACACUGAAAUACCUGUUCUAGACAAACCUGUAAAAGACACUCAAACAAAACUGUCCCUAUUAUUUCUUCGACUAAGCAACUUGUGCCUUGAAUGAAAUUGUAUGAUCUUCGUGCAUCAGUGCCUUUUUCACCGCGAGUAACGCAGAAGAGAUAAAACUAUUCUACUUAUUUAUAAGCCAAAGAAAAACGUUAAUCUAAGCUGAAUAAACACAACAAUAAAUAAUUUAAAAAAAAAGAUGUGAAACAUGAAAAAGACAAUACCAAGUAGGAACAUUUGAGUCUACGAUUUUUUUAGUUGUUUCUUAUGUUUUAAGCGAUUGUUAAGAAAAACAUUUUUCUUUUAUGUGAAGGCCGAAAAGACCGAACACGCUCCUCCGGCAACGAUUGAUGAGCUAUUAGACAAUUAAAAUGUUACCACCACACUGUUUCUAUUACUUACUCGUUAGUGAAACUAACCAUAAUGGAAUGCAAUAUUUUUUAAAACUGUACUUAAUUUAAUGAUGACACAUUUGACUAUAUGUGUAAUAUUAAUCUCAAGCGGUUUACUCUGUAAGGAAUGUUUUGUUUUCAUAGAACCAUUGUAAUUUGAACGAACCACAAAAUAUAUGUAAUAAUAAACUUUAUCAGAAGAUUUGCCAUUUUCAGA